AUGGCUGGCAGUAAUGCCGCUCUGCGGCAUCUCAUACUCUUGCUUGUAUUCAACGCAUACUUCUUGACCGUAGCAGCAGUCCCUGGCUGGAAUCACGGGAGCGUAUAUGAUGUAGCAUUCGAGAGAGGUCUCGUCACUCGUGGUCUCAACGCAACAUUCGCCAACACAACGACAACAACGAACGAUACUGUCGCAGCUGCUCGGGAAAUACUGGCAGAAGCUGUAACCCAGCAAGGAAUCUACAACAAAUACCGCUUCGCACACAUAAGAAAGAACAGCUACAAGCCGGGCCAGCGAGUCCCUAUGCGAAGACGUGACGCAGGCGAGCCAGACGCACCUCAUCUCAAUGCAACUGUGCUCGCAGCUUCAGCAAUCGUCGCCGAGCACGACGCCAAAACCAAGGCUGCUAAUGGCACACUCCACAAGUCGUAUCCUCCCCUUCGCUACAAGGCUUCCGAGACAGAUGCAAGUCCUGGGCACAAACGAGCCGUUGAGAACGACUGGUGGGUUCCUGCCAUCAAGAGAGAUGGCUUGGCACCUAUGGGCGCAGGCUCUUACCCAGUGUGGCGAGAUGUUACCGAUCCUCAGUAUGGCGGUGGUGCCAAAGGCGAUGGUGUUACGGAUGAUACGGCGGCCAUUAACGCUGCUAUAGCUGCCGGUAGUAAUUGUGGGCAAGGCUGUCUGUCGUCUUCAAUCAAGGGCACAUUGGUAUAUUUUCCACCUGGGACUUAUUUGAUCUCUUCACCCAUCAACGCGUACUACUACAGCCAACUGGUCGGUGAUGCUGUCAAUACCCCAGUUAUCAAGACGUCACAGAACUUUAUUGGCUUGGGCGCCAUCCAGUCCGAUGUCUACAUUCCGAGUGCGUAA